AUGACUUGGUCUUCACCACAACAGCAGAAGCUUGAGCCGUGUCUCGCUCGCCUCGGAACCAUGCCAGAAGACAAGCCGUCAUUUAUUAGCCAAGUCAAUGCCAUCAAUGACACAGAACAACUACGCCAUAUGCUGUUUGAAAAAGAACGAGAACGAGCCGGCUUAGCCAACGAUCUAGAUGUAGCAGCACAGCUAGGCCUUGUUGUCUCUGAGACCAAUGAAGCUCUACAACUCAAGCUAGCAUACUUAGAACAAGAAAACGACAUGUUGCGGCAGGAGCUCUCUCAAAUACAACCAUCGACUGAUUCCACCACCACUUCUUACAACACAAGUACAUCAAUCCAUACCCGUGACGCCACUACAUCACCUCCUCCCGAUGAUGACGCUACAUAUACAUAUGAUACACACAAUACACUAAACGAAGCCGAUGAUCGAAUACAUCUUACGCAAGAGUUGAAUCAGGCUCGUAAAGAGUUGACCAAAUUCAGGAAGGAAAUGGAUGGAUUAUCAGCACAAUUAAACGACAUGGCUUCUGAAAUGGUCGACUCUCGUGCACGAGUAAGCAUGUAUGCAAAACGACUCGCCGAGGUUGAACACAAGCUUGCUACUACUCGUGAGAUGAAUGCCAAUCUACAAGCUGUUCUUGAGAAGGCACUUACCAGUCAAAAGCAAUCAAGUUCCAAUACAUCACACCUUGUACGCAACAUACAAGUCGACCUUAGCAGAGUUGUUUCCGAGAACGAUCAAUUACGUGCAAGGAUUGCCGAUCUGGAAGGGCAGCAAAUUGAAUCAGAAGAACAGCUUGCAAUGAUGGUUGCACAAGCCAAAAAGUACUCUGCUCUUCUUGAACAAGCCCAAGAUACCAUUCACAGCCUCAGUGAACCACGACUAUCUGAUGACGACACCCUGAGUAAUGGUGCUGGCUCUGUCUCCUCUUAUUGGGAUGGUGGAAAGGAGACUGAAAUCACAAAGGGCCCAGUAUUUUCCGCAGAAUUCAGGCAAGAGAUGCAAAAGGAGAUCGAACGCAAUCUCAACCUUCGCAACGAGAUCCGUCAUCGUAUCAUCACUCAUGAAUCCAUCAGCUCUGAUAAGAAGAAGACCAAAGAAGGACUCAAGUAUUUAUUAUCAGAACGAUCCAGUGAUGCGGGCCUCAUGUCUCUUAGCACAAGCACAUCCACUACAUCCUCCACUAUGACUAUGAAACAACCUCAACAAACGGAUGACGAUCAUUCACAGCAACAACAACAACAGCCAUCAUCACAGCAUCGACCUACACAACAGCAUCCAACCCCCAUCACUGCAACCAUGAAUACCCUUCGACCCGCUAGCUUCCUUACUGGAUUUGGUGGAUUUGAUAAUAUGGGAUCAGGAUUGGGAACCACAACCAACUUCAUCACUCGAGGUGUUCCUACAGCAUUUACAGCGCCACGGGGAACAGGAGAUACGCCAAGUAUAAGUACUCGCUUCUUUCAACGCCUUGCAACUCGUUUCGACCAACAGAAUGACAAAAAGGGGCGGUAA